UCCGGCUCCGCCCAAGGCCUUGGCUCUUCCCGCCACAAGGACUUUCGAAUGCUCUUCUCUGCUCUCUCAGUCCCCUAUGCUUCGAUCCAACAGCACCUGUAACUUCCGAUCAUGAGUUCCAAAGCAGGUGGGAAGUCCGUUGAUUUAUGGUCCGAGUUGAUAGCUAGCGAGGGAGCCGAGCGCCAAGAGGAAGCGCGAGUUGAAGAGGUUUAUAGGCGUAGAAGAAGGCCACCCCCCCAGAACACCGUUCAUGGCGCUGCCUUGAAGCAGAACUUAGGUUCGAAUCGUCGCAAUGUGAACAGGGUGAGUUUAGCUGCUGCUGACAGCAAGAGAAUUAGUUGGAACCGUACUCUUUCGAUCAGAGGGAGGGCGAGUAUGGCAAUUGAGGCUUGUGUAGUUCAUCAGCUUCAACAAAAGCAGGCAAAGAGAAAAGGAAAACCUGCUCUCCCAAAAGGAAACUGUGUACAAGCUACAAAUUUUGACAAAGAGCGUGCAUACUUUCAAGAGGUAGAUGCCUUUGAGUUGUUGGAGGAGAGUCCUUCACCCAAGAGCAGUACAUGGGCAAGCAGCCAGUUUGAUAUUGCUGCAGUACCAUCUCUAUGCUCUAGAAUAGAAAAAUGGUUAAUUUCCAAGAGAUCAAAUUACAGUCUUGCACCUUCUAGCACGUUAUCGAAGAUAUUAGAAACUCCACUGGUGUCCAUUGAACCUAUUAGUGGCAAUCAUUUGGGAAACUUCAAAUUGAAAACUCCUGAGAAGUAUGCUAGAGGGCUGGGUGGACGCUUGAGCUCUAUUCAGAAAAGAUAUAUCUCCAACCUAAAUGAUAACGACGUCAUUGAAAUAGAUAGCAUUCGAGGCAACAGAAGUGCCAGAGCGGAAGACCUGAGCACUGAGGAGUGUGAAAACAUUGAAAUUGCUGUGAAGAAACUUUCUUUAUCAUCAACUUCCACUUCUUUGCACAACUAUCAUUUGGAUCCACUUAAUGCAUUAUUAGCAGUUUGUGGACAGUCAGCUCCUUCCACGCUCAAGGAUGCAUUCUCUAAUUAUUGUGACCCGGAAACUAUUGUCAAAAUUGGUGAAGGUACAUACGGAGAAGCUUUUAAAGCUGGUAACACUGUUUGCAAGAUAGUUCCAUUUGACGGAGAUUUACGAGUUAAUGGGGAAGUGCAGAAGAAAUCAGAAGAACUGCUCGAGGAAGUCAUACUCUCCAGAACUCUGAAUUCUUUAAGAAGUAAUGAUGGCGGUGCUGAUAAUUUUUGCACAACAUUCAUACGAACCAUAGAUUUAAGGGUAUGUCAAGGUUCUUAUGAUGCUUCACUAAUCAAGGCUUGGGAAGUCUGGGAUGAAAAGCAUGGUUCAGAAAAUGAUCACCCCAAGCAGUUUCCAGAGAAACAGUGCUAUGUUGUGUUUGUUCUCCAACAUGGGGGAAAAGAUCUUGAAAGCUUUGUACUCCUAAACUUUGAUGAGGCACAGAGUUUAGUAAUACAGGUUACUGCAGCUCUAGCUGUAGCUGAAGCUGCUUAUGAAUUUGAACACCGUGAUCUGCACUGGGGAAAUGUACUCUUAAGUCGCAAUAAUUCUGAAACACUGCAGUUCAUCCUUGAAGGUAAGAACAUGACCCUGCAGACAUUUGGACUUCAGAUAUCGAUAAUUGACUUCACUCUAUCACGAAUCAAUACUGGUGAGGACAUACUCUUUUUAGAUCUCUCAUUGGAUCCUUAUCUCUUUAAGGGUCCCAGAGGAGAUAGACAAUCAGAAACGUAUAGGAAAAUGAAGGAGGUGACAGGAGACUGCUGGGAGGGGAGCUUUCCCAGAACGAAUGUCAUGUGGUUGCUCUACCUUGUGGAUAUAUUGCUUUUGAAGAAAUCGUUUGAGCGUAGUUCAAAGCAUGAAAGGGAACUGCGUGCAUUGAAGAAACGUCUGGACAAAUAUAAUUCAGCAAAAGAAGCAAUUCUCGAUCCAUUCUUCAGUGAGUUGAUUGCUUGGUCAGGCAGUGUGGAGUAGAGUUGGAGGGUUUUAGACUUCCAACAUGAAAUAGGAAAGAGGUCUUGAAGUGCCACUUCUAUAUAAAUUAAGUAGGUGAUGUCGUGUACAGAACCCUCCUGCUCUAUGGAUGAAAAUUAAUCAUUGUAUUUAUAACUUUUUAAAAUAUAUAGACCAGAUUGACACAAAUGUGAAAUUAUAAUGAUAAAAGGUAUAAUUUAA